GCUUGAAGCUAGCUUCUGCGCCGUCAACAACACCAGACGACUACACAACGAUUCGAGUUCGCAAUCGAAACCACCAGACAAACAUCCAACAUGUCCGUCACAUUACAUACGAAUCUCGGCGACCUCAAGAUCGAAGUCUUCUGCGAGAGCGUCCCAAAAACAGCAGAGAACUUCCUCGCCCUCUGCGCAUCACACUACUAUGACGCCUCUCCCUUCCACCGCCUCAUCCCGAAAUUCAUGGCCCAGACAGGCGGUCCCGCGCACCCUUCCCCUCCCGACAACCCAAAGGGUGGCCGCUCCAUCUGGGGCGGCGUCUUUGACGACGAGAUCCGUCCGGCCCUCAAGCACGGCGCGCGCGGCGUCGUGUCCAUGGCCAAUAAAGGGCCCGGCACGAACGGCUCGCAAUUUUUCGUGCUCUUUGACAAGGCGCCGCACCUGGAUGGGCUCAAUACCGUGUUCGGGCGGAUUAUUGGCGACGAUAGCACCGUUACGCUGGGCAAGAUUGAGGCGGUCGAGGUGGAUCGGAAGAAUCGGCCCAAGGAGCCGGUUGUAAUUGAUAGGGUUACUGUUCAUGCGAAUCCGCUUGCUGGGUGAGAGAGAGGGAGGAGGGUUGGUGUGUUGAGGAUCGUGAGGGGAUAUGAAGAAGAAAGGUUUCGUGUAUGGCUCCGUGGGGGAAGGGGGGCUAUUGGGGGGGAAAGGGCCCCUGAAAAAGCUAUGAUACCCGUACGUCAAACGGUUCAAGACUGUCCUGACGGCACACAAUUGUUUAGAUGAAAAGAAAAGACUAUUGCUUUUGUCAACC